CUGAUACAGGGGAGAGUCAAUCUGGUGAAACUGAAGAUUCAGUCACAAACAGAAACUAUGGUACAGAGUCAGUAGAGUCUACAGAUAACUCCUUGCUUGAAUUGGAACAGCGUGUUGAAGAAGCUUGUGCAAUGGUGGAAAGAGUGCUUAGGGAGAGAGAAGAAAGAGAAGAGUUUGGUCGGGAAAUUGAAAGAAAAGAGCGUGAAAUUCGAGCAGAGAGAGCACGAAAGAAGAGAGAAAGAGAAGCAAGGGAGCUAGAGGAAGCCAGAGGAUGGCCUCAACAGCAGGAACCAGUUACUGGACAAUCUUUAUGGCUUUGUGAGCAUUACCAACGUCAUUGUAGAGUACGUUUCCCUUGCUGUAACAACUUCUAUUCAUGCCACCGUUGCCAUAACAAUUCCAAAGAAUGUGACAAUGAGGAAGCUAAAGCAAGUCAUGCAACUCACCUUAAAUGCAGCUAUUGUCAUCAUGAACAAGAGAUUGGUGAAGACAGUGGCAAGUGUCGUAGCUGUGGAGCAAAGAUGUCAGCAUACUUCUGUGCUAUUUGUAAACACUUUACCAGCAUUGACAAAAAUCCAUAUCAUUGUGAAAAAUGUGGAAUAUGCCGCAUACAUAAAGACAAAUCGUUCCACUGUGAUGUAUGCAAUGUCUGUCUUGACAAACGGCUUCAAGGAAAGCACAAGUGUAGGCCAGACUCUGGCCAUGAUGAAUGCUGUAUCUGUUUAGAGGAUGCUUUCAGUGGAUGUCAGAUUUUACCCUGCUCACACAAGGUUCAUCGAGAAUGUGCAAUAGCUAUGAUACAGAAUGGAAUUCGCACAUGCCCAGUGUGCAGACACCCAUUAUACAGCCCAGCUCCUGAGUGAAAAUUGCUGCAUUUUAUGAUGGUGACAAUCAGCUGCACGUCAUUCAAAAGAAGAAGCACUUUUAAGGGAGAUGAAAAAUUUUGGCAAUUCUAAUGUUAAAGUUUAUAUUUGUACAUUGUUUGAGUUAAGGCUAUUACUUUGCCAUAUUGGCAAAAUGGAUUUCAGUUAGGUUUUGGUAAAAUACAUGUUCUUUGAAUGCUAAAUAUCUCUGAUAAGGGAACAAUUUUGUCUGGCUUUGCAAAAAAAUUAAGACCAUGCUUCUAAAAUGGAAAAAAAAGGCACAUAGUAGUUAAAUAAUUAUCUUAUUUAUUGAAGUUCUGGCUUGUUGCUUGAAAUUUAUCUUUGCAUAGUAAGAAGAAGAAUUUAUAAGAAUCUUGUAGUCACAUUAUAUUUUG